AUGGAGCAGCAGCCCAGCACCAGCACCACCACCACCACCACGACGGAGAUGUGGCAGUGGCAGUGUGGCACGUGCCGAGCUGAUUGGAAGAUGCUGCGCCAGGUGACGACCACCUGCUGCCCACACGGACACGGCAGCCGCUGCUUUCAGGGUCAGGGUACUCCGCCUCCGCCUCCACCGUCUCCAUAUGCAGGAAACCCUGCUCCUCACUGCCACCCUGCUCCUCACUGCCACCACCAUCACCAUCGCCAGGAGGAGGGUACCAGCAGCCGGGCUUUGGCGGCGGAUGCGGAGGGUUCCAGCGCUGGGCGUCACACCAUCACUACUCUGAAUCCUGCUGCCCCUCCCGUCGUCGCGGAGGUCUGCUGGGUCCCGGACCCCUACCUGAUGGUGCAGCAGCUCAGAGAGUUCGAGUCCCUGAACGACGAGCUGGUGGCGCUCAGGGUGCAGCUGCAGGAGUAUGCGGAGGAGAUCCACAAGAGCAGCAAGGACGACAUCAACGCCGGGACCGGGAUGAACAUGAACUGGCUCCUCGCUCUCCCGGCCAACGUCAGGGACGUCGUCAUCUUGGCCAGGGACGUCAUCGAGUCUUUCAUUGCCAUCUCCACUAGCGCACCACCAGCGAAUUAA